UUGCAAUUAUAAUAAUUGUAAUUAUAAUUAUAAUUAUAAUCAUAGAAAUAUUUGAAUCAGAUCAGAUCAGAAAGAUUCAGAUCAGAUCAGAAGGAUUCAGAUCAGAUCAGAAGGAUUCAGAUCAGAUCAGACCAGAUCAGAAACAUUCAGAUCAGAUCAGAAAGAUUCAGAUCAGAUCAGAUCAGAUCAGAAAGAUUCAGAUCAGAUCAGAUCAGAUCAGAAAGAUUCAGAUCAGAUCAGACCAGAUCAGAAAAAUUCAGAUCAGAUCAGAUCAGAACUUAAAAAAUUCAGAUCAGAAACAUUCAGAUCAGGCGAAGAGAACAGCUUCUAAGACUCCAAUGUUUUUUAUACUUAAAUAGGACUAUAUUUUUCCGUGGUUCCACUUUUACCCUUGAUCUAUCAUUUCCGUUCUCUUCUUUGCCGGCAAACUUCGCCCUUUUUUUUUCUCGUACCAGCGAGGGAGUGGCUCCAUAGCUACGCCGAACAGCAGAGGAGGCACGCAGAAGCCGAUUAAGAUGGGGCAGGGGAGUUGCACGGCGGUGGCAGGCCCGAUCGACGAUCGACGAUGAGGACGAGGUGUAGGGCGGCGUCAUAGAAGAUAUUCCAGAUCUCUUCUUCAUUUCAUCUCCUUCUCUCCUGCUUAUCAUCCGUCGCUGCUCUUUUUCCUCUGGUUUCCAGAUCGACGAUCUCUUCUUCUCUUCCUUUUUUGGUUGUGAUUGUUAUUUUGGUAUUUUUUUUUUGUGUGAUUGUUUUUUUGUUAUGCUUCAGUCAUGUUUUGGUCUUCUUUGUUCCAG